GAUAUCCGGUUGCCAUGACACCGGUCUACUGCUCAGUCUGAAACAGUUCGCGUGAUACUCUGUAAUUUCCUGCCGUUACGACGCGUAAAAUGACAAAAUAACGGACACCAACGGAUGCGCGAGGCUUGCGAAAGUCUUCGCGAUGCUCUCUCGACCGCCGGCACUGAACGAGACUGAGGACAGGGGGCGGAGUCUAGCAGCAGUAGGCCCGCCUCCUGCUCUCCCAUUGGCUGAUGAGGAAGAUGCGUCUCAAACAGUGUCUCCUCCUCCUCCUGCUCCUCCUCCCCCUCGUGCCUGCUGUCCAUGCGCCUCCCUCCUCCCACGCCUCCUCUCUGCUCACCGGUUGGAGGUGCGUCGCCUUCUGCGAGGAGCGCUGGCGUCUCUGGGCCGUCGUCUGGAUUCUCUGGAGAGGAGGAGCCACAGGAGGAACAGGCAGAAGAGGAGGAGGCCCAGAGGAGAAGAGGGCGGAGCUACCUGCAGCUCACCUGGAGGGCCGACUGAGUUCACCUCAGGCCACACCUCCUCCCCCUCCAUCAGCCACGCCCAACUCCCACCUGCUACCACCUCCUCUUCUUCAUCAUCUUCAUCAGAGAGUGAAGAGUCUCCCAACCAAUCAGGACGCAGGAGGAGGAGGAGACGGAACCGGGGAAAAGAGGAGGAGGAGGAGGAGGAGGGGAGAGGGAGGAAAAGGUGGAGGAGGAGUUCCAGAGCAGAGGAUUGUGGGAGGUUUGUGGGUCAGAUGGCCGUCUCCAUCCGAGGAGGCGCAGAGGAGGAGGGGCCACUCACUCUGCACAGUUUGGACCACGGAGGAGCCGGCCAAUCACAGAAGGCCGUCAGCAUCGUCGUCAGGCAGAACGGUUACAGCCUCUCCUCUUCCCAGCAUGCCUUGUUCCUUCAAUCAGCACAGAGUGGGCGGACCUUCAGCCAAUCAGAAGGCUUUAACAUUUCCUCCGGCCAAUGGCAUUUCUCCGAUUUCAGCCCUCCCCCUUCCCUCUCCUCCAAUCACAGAGCAUUCCACCUGUGGCUGUGCUCCUCCUCUUCCUCCUCUAGCCCUGCCCUCAUCUUACGGUUAUCGGCGCUGUCGGUGCAGACGGUGGUGUCAGUCAGAGGGGAGGGCUGUUCCAACCCUCUGCGUCCUCUGAAGGACUUCACGGCUCCGCCCACUGUGAGCAGCGACCACUGCUACAUACGAGCACUUACACCGAGUCUGACUUUGUCCGCCCGGCGACAGAGGCAGCGGGCCAAUCACAGCUCUCGGAGUCUUCAUCUACCCCGGAGACGAGCACCGCCCCUUCCCCCAUGUUCAGCCAACGGGCUAUCUGCUACACUAAAAACCAGCCAAUCAGCAGCCAGCUCUGAGUAUCUGAGCAAAAAAGAGGAGCGCGGGAAACGAGUGUCGCAGAUUCGAAUACGACGGGCGUCGCCGCGGGAAACACCACUGACACCAAUGGGACUACCAAAGGUCAAAAGGCUAAGGAAGAAAGAAUUUAGCCUGGAGGAGAUUUACACCAACAAGAACUACAAAUCACCUUCGACUAACAGGAGUCUGGAGACCAUCUUUGAGGAGCCCAGAGAGAAGGACGGAGCGCUGCUUCUGAUUGGUCAGCAGAGGAGGCGCAGAGUCCUGUUGUUUCCUGACUUCACUCAGCCCAGGAAGAGGAAGAGGCCGCUAGGAGCAGGGAUUCCCGUUGCCACGGUGCCCAGGAAACGGGCUGCAGCUCGUCGUCAUUACCAUGGAAACGACGACGACGGCGACCUAGACGUGAUGCUGGUGGAGCGACUGAGCGCGCUCGAGGACUUCCUGACACGGCAGGGACUGGACGACGACGUGUGAGCUGUGAUGUCACUUCCUGCCAAAAUGAAUCAGCGCUGCUACGACAUGAACUGUGAGCGUUACCGUGGUAACGGCCUGCUCUGUCGCCACGGUAACGCCUGUAGUUUAGUUUUUUUUUUUUUUGUUUUUUUUUUUUGCAGUGUUCUGUAUUUUUUUACAGUGUAGACUCUAAAAUGUGAAAUAUUUAAAUUUUUUACAGUGCGAUGAAUAAUGUGCCCUUUGACCUUUGAUAUCAAUUGACCACACCCACAGUUAAGUGAUCUGCAGACCCCCCCCCCAGAUGUGUAAAAUAUUCUAUU